AUCUCAACCAAGAGCAACAGGCCAUUGUCCCGCGCAUCGACAACGAGCGUGCACUCCUUCGAGCAACAUGAUGCGACGCACGACAUCCAGCCCCAGUAUCAGCAUCACCACCACCACCACCACCAUCAACAUAAUUACCCACAGCAACAAUACAGCGCGAGCUAUCCACCCCUUGAGCCCGCCUUGUUGCAAGCCGCACAUCAUGCAAGCCAGCAAGAGAGCAACCCCCUCGAUCCCGUGCACCAAUUAGUCGCAUAUUCAGCCGACCAGGCCUCGAACCAAGUCCAGCUUAACGCUCUGCAGUCACAGCCCUUCGACCCAAACCAGGCAGCACACACGUUCCAAGCAGCUAUGGGACAGCCUCAGCAACUCGUCUCGGGCCCCGUAGAGGUCGAAGAGAAGAAAAAGAAGGGCUCUGCCUCCGGGAGUGCGACCAAUGACAAGGAGCUGCGAGAGAUGCUUGUGCGGAAUGAAGGACGAGGGCUGAAGGACGUUGCGGCCGAGGUCAUUGCCACAGACCGGACUUCCAAAGCAGAGAAGUCGAAGCAGCUCUUCGCCAUGCUCUGGCUGAAAUCCGUUUGCAAGACGGCCAAAACAUCCGUGCCUCGCAAUCGAGUCUAUUCAAAAUACGCAGAACGAUGUGCCACCGAGCGCGUCAUUCCGCUGAACCCAGCGUCGUUUGGAAAGCUGGUGAGGGUCAUCUUUCCCGGCAUCCAGACAAGGCGGCUGGGCGUUCGGGGAGAAUCAAAGUACCAUUAUGUCGAUCUUGCCCUUAUCAAUGACACCGAAGACGACGACGUUCAGCGUACAGGAAGCGGGCACUCUGGACAGCCCACCUUGAGGCGGCAAGCUUCCGUAGGCGCGAAGCUCGACUUCAACUCAAUACCGCGCCUCCCUGCAGAAACAGCUGCUUUUCCCUCUCAAGAGCAGACUUUCGAAGCCCAGAACAGCUUCGGCUCACAGGCACCGUCGAGAGGACGCCUUUUCACAAAUAUCUAUUCAACACAAGUUCAGUCGAAUACCAACCGGUCAACGUCUUUAACGUAUGAAUACGAACUCAAGUUCCCGACCCUAGAGCAAAUGUCUGCCGAGGACAGCGUAGAGAUUGCACUCCCAGACAUCACCCCGUAUCUACCACCUCGGACGGAUCCCGACUCUGUUGGCGCACUGGUCAAUUUAUACCGCAGCCACUGUACCUCCCUUGUUGACUCGGUCCGCUACUGCAAAGAGAAGCAGUUUUUCCGGCUCUUCACAUCUUUCCAUGGUACACUUACUGUUCCUGUACAGAAGCUGUUUGCACAGCCCGAGAUUGCCCCCUGGGUACGAGAAUGCGAUUGGAUGAUGUACCAGAAAAUGAUCCGCAACGUCUCCCAACUGACCUUGCAAGUUGCCCCUCCCCCCGUGUUGAAAUUCCUGGACAACGUCUCGAAGCUUCUGCAUCCACACAUUAGCAAGGUUUUCCACGCUCUCCCCCUCCACGUUCUCGAGGCCCGGCUUGAGCCGGCGACGUUGUUCGCCCAUCUUCUUCGACAAAUGCUACGGGUCAACUCGACAGCACAUGCGGCAGCAGUGAUGCUAAUGGGCGAUCACAACCGAGACCAGAUGUGGGCAGACUGGAAGUCUUACGUGAACUUGAAGCGGGUCAUCGAGAACGAAUUGCCGCACUCUUGCGGGCACGAGGAGGUUUAUAACAUUCUCUCAACGGAAAUCCGCGCUAUGCUUCUUCCCCUUCGGACCGACGUGUUCUUACCGGAUGGAAGUUUUUACCAGGAAACAUCUACGGACGGCAACGACCUCACGAACGAGACCGUGAUUGACCGGAUUGCAGCCUUCCUGACGAAGUUGCCAUCAAGAUUUCCUCAUGUCCCCGCCCGAACCCUACUUUAUUGCGUCAACGCCCUAGGAUCAGCGGCGCUUCGAGAAAUUACCGUCGAGAAUGGUCUCAGCUUCCAAGGGUGGUGGCUGACAAAGGUAUUCAUCGAUGAGAUGGGUCAGUGGUUGGCAUCGCUUGGUGGAUUCCUGGAUCACAGCCCUCCGAAUUGGAACGCCCUGUCAUACUCGCCUGGACUCAUGGGGGAGUCGAUGAAUGCCGGAAUCGUCAACGGCGGAAGCGCCAGCAACAACGAUAGUCGCUACAGCAGUAUGGACGCGGACUUUGGUCCAAACCAGAGCUUUCUGUCCAACACCAAUGUUCAUAUGCAAGACACCAACACCGCUAAUAUGGAGAUCUCCAACAAUCGACGAUAUACUCAACAGUACGAUCAAGUGAGUUUCAGUCUUGAUCUCGAUCUCAACACUUCUCAACAAGAGCAAAACCACGACGACAGCGGUAUUGCUCUUCUCGACGACGGAAUCGACGCCAAGUUUGCUUCAAACAUGCACCAAUCGCUCCGAUCACAUCUCACGCAGCUGCCUGCUAGUGUUAGCUAGUGUGUCUCCCACUGGUUCACUUGCGUUACUACUCCAUCAUCCGUCUCCACAUCCUCCCGAUUUCGAUAUCAAUGUGGCUUGUCUCAGCCCGCCUCAUUGUAUCACUCGAUAAUCCUUAUUAUUAUGCGUCACGACGUCUCUGAAGUUAUGAAACUCAUGGAAAAAGACGACUGUUUGUUUGUCGGUUUAUACCUCUUUAAUCUUGUACAUUUGCGCGGAUUUCGCACUGAGUGUGCCCGGCGUUUUGCGUCUGUCUGUCUGUCUGCGUAGCCUUCUUAGACACCGGAGAUCGACUCGACUUUCCACCAGCUUCUUUAUAUCUUCUCAGUCUUGGCAUAUUGGGGCUGGCUUGGUAGGGUUUCUGGUCUAGAACGCCAUUUGGUG